UCGGAGCGGAGCAUGGGGCGGCCGCGGUGCCUGUGCGAGAUCUGCACCUGCGGGCGCCAUCGCUGCCCUCAUAGGCCCACAAGGAUUUAUGAUAACAGACAACAGCUGUGCCUCACAACAGAAUAUGUGGAAAAAUACCCCAAGUAUAGCAACAUCUCUCCUGCCCGCAGCCUUAAGCCAAAACAAGAGUACCAAGCACAUCGUGGGAAAAUGGAAGGAAUUACAACAUUUAAAUCUGAUUAUUUACCAUAUGAUAUUGUGAAACGACCGUUUCGGGUACAAGAAGAAUAUAAACCAAAGACUGGAGAGCUAGAACUUGGAACCACAUACAAGAAAGAUUAUUAUGCUCAUGAAAUACAGCCGGUGACAUUAGUAAGACCUUUAGAGAGAAAACACACUACAGGAGGAAAAUUGGAUACCAUACCGACCUAUCAAGAUGACUAUAGGUCAUGGGAAGUUCAAAGAAGGGAACCUGUUAAAGUGGAUCAUGUCUACCACCCACCUACAGAGAAAUUUGGAAAUCCUACUACUUUUCAAGAUGACUUUGUUCUUAGGGAACUGAAUCCUAGACAAAGUUUCAAACCUCUGUGUGUGCCCAAACUUUCAGAUGUGCCUUUUGAUAGCACUACGAGUCAUCGCAGUUCCUAUGUUGCUCAUUGUCUGGAACCAAAGUUUGUAAAAUCAAAAGAAGAGUACAAGCCAAGCAGCCAACCCUUUGAAGAUCUCACAACUCACCGAAAUGAUUUUAAAGGGCUACCUGGGCCACUUGCAAGAAGCUACAAGCCCGAAAAUGCGAAAGUCCAAUCCAGUGAUCAUUUUAGUGGAGUCACUGAAUUCCAGGAUCGUUUUCAGCCCUGGCCGGUCUCCUUGCCUGAGGCACGCAAAUCAAAAGAGUACGUUCCUCCCCCAGGUAACAUGGACUUCAACUCCACAAGCCGCCUUCAUUAUGUUAAACAUGAGAUUUCUCCUGCUGUCCCUGUAAGGCCGAUUUCUAAUGCAAGAAGAACCAGCGCCCCUUUCCAAGGGAAUACUACUAUGAAGGAAGACUUUAAAGCUUGGGCCAGAUCCCGGCAAGAAAUUAUUAAGAAACAACAAGAAAUUCCAAAACCCGCAGGAAAAUUCUAUGAUUUAACUACAUUCAAAUCUCAUUACAUACCACAUCGCAUCGUUCCAGCCCGAAGUUUCAAACCUGUGCACGUCGUUCUUCCUAAUUCGGCUCAUUUUCGGGAUGAAACUAUGUAUCGCACAGAAUAUACACCAAAGAAACAAGAGAUCUGCCCAGCAAAUUACACAUCUCCUCCAGGUUAUAUCUAUGUAAACACAGAUUCUCAUGGUCAUAAGUUCUUCCGACAGCUUACUCCAGAAUUUUCUGAGUUAAAUAGUAAUCACAUUCCAAAGGAAGUAGCUGUUGUGUCAUAAUACGUACAUCGCAAGCAUCCUGGUGAAAUACCUGGAGUGCCACCAGUUUGUUUUUUCUUCAAAUUACAUCAAAGCAACCUAAAUAAUGCAGAUUUUGAUUUGAAAAGCAUUUAGACUGAUAAUUGAAGGAAAAUCAAGUCAAACCAAAAGAUUAUUGAAAUACUUCUGCAGAUUUGCCUGUUUUUGUCGGAGUAAUCUUACAUGGAAUCAAGAUCACAAUCUUUCUUGAUUGUGCAUUCCCAGAUUUCAUUCUAUUCCCUCUCAAACUUACUUUCCCAUUUUUUAAUGAUUUUCUGCAAGUCAAAUCAUUGU